AUGUCGCUUUUGUCAAAAAGCGAUUCUAUUCUGAUUCGGGAGGUGUGGAAUGACAAUCUCGAAGAAGAAUUCGCAUUGAUCCGAGGCCUCGUUGAUGAUUUUCCUUACAUUGCAAUGGACACCGAAUUUCCUGGGAUUGUUCUUCGUCCUGUCGGUAAUUUCAAAAACAGUAACGAUUAUCAUUACCAGACGCUAAAAGAUAACGUCGACAUGCUCAAAUUGAUCCAGUUAGGGUUAACGUUCUCUGACGAUCAAGGAAACCUACCAACAUGUGGAACAGAUAAAUAUUGCAUCUGGCAAUUCAAUUUCCGGGAAUUCAAUGUGAACGACGAUGUCUUUGCCAAUGAUUCCGUUGAGCUUUUGAGACAGAGUGGUAUUGAUUUCAAGAAAAACAACGAAAAUGGAAUUGAUGCUCAGAGAUUUGGUGAGCUAUUGAUGUCAUCAGGGAUUGUUUUGAAUGAUAGUGUGUAUUGGGUUACUUUCCAUAGUGGAUAUGAUUUUGGGUAUUUGUUGAAGGUGCUGACUUGCCAGAAUCUACCCGAUACACAAUCUGGAUUCUUUAGUUUGAUUGAUAUGUAUUUCCCCACCAUUUUUGACAUUAAGCAUUUGAUGAAGUUCUGCAAUAGUCUUCAUGGUGGGUUGAACAAGCUGGCUGAACUGUUGGAAGUUGAAAGAAUUGGUGUUUGUCAUCAAGCUGGAUCAGAUAGUUUGCUUACUGCUUGUACUUUCAGAAAGUUGAAAGACAACUUCUUUAGUGGUUCUUUGGAGAAAUAUGCUGGUGUCUUGUAUGGUUUAGUUUGUACACAUCUUGAGAGAAAAAAAAAAGGUCUGAUUCCAUGGUGA